AUGCACAUUAAUGACAAUGUUGACUGGUUUGUUUGCUUGCUUCUUUUCAGGAGGAGGUGUGAGACUGCAGAAACUCUUGUUGAGAGGAACUCUGCAGAAACUCUUGUUGAGAGGAACUUUGAUCUGGCAUUCCUAGUUAUUUAUGAAUUUAGUCUUCCAGCUGUUGACAUAUAUGCUGCUGUUUCUGCAUCGCUUGCUGAAAGAAAAAAGGGCAGCCAGUUGACCCAUUUUUUCAGAAAUAUUAAAGGAACAAUUGAUGAUGAUGAUUGGGAUCAGGUGUUAAGGGCUGCUAUUAAUAUGUAUGCUAACAAACACAAGGAGAGCCCCGACCGUCUCAUUGACAUGCUAACCAGUAGUCACAGGUAA